AUACAGUGGUCAGUGAUAUUACACAGCUUUAUCUGAUCUCUUACACACACAGACAAAGCUUCCUUUUUAGGAAAAAAACACCAUAAUGCAUCUACAACACCUCAACCAUGCAAAAUUUGGAUUUUGCCUGUUGCUCUUGUUUGUGCUGACACUUCGGGUAUCUAGUGUGCCAGUGGUGAGCACAGAGGUACAAACUGAUCUUUUGCAAUCUCAUAUACCGCACCGGAUAGCACGCAUGUCCCCUCUGUGGCGAAUAAUGGCAUUCAAACCAUAUGGAGCCUAUUGCCAGGACAAUAUAGAGUGUACAACAGGAUUGUGCAGGAAUGGCCAUUGCUCUUUUAAUGAGCCUGUACAUGCUUAGUAAACUGUGACGUUUUGCAAAGAUUUUUUUUCCCUGUAUGAGUCAAGUUAUUAUAUGAUUAUAUAUGAUCAUAGCAAUUUUUAUAUGUAUGCUGCAAGCACUUUAACUUUAUGCCGUGCACCCAAUAUAGAGGAUGUUGAGAAGUCUGACUUGAAAAGUUACACUGGAUAUGUUUUAUGUAAAAUUAGCCAUAAAACAAGCCAUUUCUUAUUUCUGUGUAAACCUUUUCAUAUGUGAUUUAAAGUACUGUAUUUGUUAGGCUAGAUGAGGGCAUACAGGCCUCAGAGAUAUCAGUUAAAAUCUGUAUUGAGCCGGUAAGAGAACAUGCACUCAUCAUUCUCAGAAACUCAGUUCUCAUGACAAAGGCCACUGAAGUUCCUCUAUGUGUUGCAAGGGGUAUUUGAACAAGAAUGUACUGUAACAAAAUGAUCUCAUUGUACUGUGAACGACCUUCAUGUGUAACCACAAUUACAUGUGCCAAAGAAAAGCAAAGUUGUAACUUGUUAAAUAAACCACUAAAACAC